AUGAAUGUUUCUGAUGAAAAUUAUAGAAAUAUACUGGCUAGUUUUCGGACUAAUGACUUACAAAAAUUAUUGGAAACGUUUGGUCAAAAUAAAACAGGUCAAAGAUCUGAAUUACGAGAUCGAGCACUUGAAUUGUUAAAGUCUAAACCAACUGGUCUUAACUAUGUAGCAUAUCUAACAAAAAUACUUGAACUACAUGGUAUCAUACAAUCUGAUUCGUAUAUUAAUGAUAUGAUGCAUAAUUAUUCUAUGCCACCUCAACAAAGACAGAUGAUGUCUAUGGGUCAGUCACAGACACCACAACAAAGAAUGUGCCUACUGCCACAACGUCCUCAGCAAUCGAUGCAAACGAUCCGCGCUGGAUUACCACAGUUAAUGCUCCAAAUGCAAAGAGCCGUACAUGGAAACCCUACUGAUCCAAAUACUAUUCAUGGAAAUACUAUGGCUAUCAAAAAUAUUCAGCAUAUAUUUGGUAGAAACCAGCCAGCUGGAUCUCAUACUGCAGAACCAUCUCAAUUACCCAUAAAUCAACCAAGUAUGGCGUAUAUGAUGCAACAAAAUACUGUGAGAUUUGUUUUGAAUACGUUGGCAAAUAAAAACAGUAAUGAUUCAACACCAUCGCCUCAAAUUUUAGCCAAUUACAAGUUCAAAAAACUACCAUUUUACGAAGUUAUUGAAGAUAUUAUAAAGCCAACUCUUCUAAAUGGAUCAGAAACAUGUACAUUAGUAAACUUUACUAUAGGAACUAGACAAAUGACAUUCAUCCAUACUAUGUCACCCGAACAAGCAUCACUUAUUGCGAUGAAUAGAGAUAUUUCAUAUGGAAAAAAUGAGUAUCUUUAUCAAUACCAGAUUCGAAUUUGUCAGUUAGAAAUUGGACGUAAUGAAGUAACUGAUUUUUUGCCAUUAGGACUCAAUAUUCGAGUUGGAAAUAAAAUAUGUUCAUUGCCACCUAUUGCUUCUGUACGAUUAGGAAACGAAUCUAGACGAAUUGCAAAACCUAUUAAUAUCGCGCAAUAUCUAAAACUUAAUCCAAAUAUUUCAAACUCGAUCACUAUAAAUUGGGUUCCAGAUGGGAAAAAAUAUGCCUUGGCAAUGUUUAUUGUAAAAAAGUUAUGUUCAGAUAAUUUAUUAAAAAAACUUCUAGAUAGAGAAACGAAGAGUUCAGAAGAGACAAAACAUUAUAUUAUUAAAAAGUUCACAGAUGUUGAUCCAGAUUUGGCCACUACGUCUUAUUAUUUUUCCUUGAUUUGUCCAUUGGGUAAAACUAGGAUGAAGAUACCUGCAAAAUCUAUCCAUUGUGAUCAUAUACAGUGUUUUGAUGCAGCUACAUUCAUUUCAAUGAACGAGAGAAAGCCAACAUGGAUGUGCCCAACGUGUAAUAAACCUUGUUUAUACGAUGAUAUACGAGUAGAAAAUUAUUUUUUGGAUAUUGUCACAAGUCCUAUGCUCAAAGACGAUAAUCAGGAUAUUGAAAUUUUGGCAGAUGGUUCAUGGAUUAUAUCUGAAAAAAAUAAAUAUACCAAUAAUAUGAAUAAUACUUAUGAUACUAAAAAAAACCCUAUAGAUUCUAUCGAUUUAGAUGACAGUGACGACGAAAUUUCUAUUGAACCAAAAAAAGAACUUGAACUAGAAGGUUCAGAAAAGCAGAAAUCUAUAAACACGAAAUCACAUUUUGUUGAUUUGACAAAAGAUGAGGACGAAAAACCACCAAAACAUACUGAUAAACUGGAAAAUGAGGCUCAGGCGAUUGAUGCUAAACAGCCAGUUACUGAACAUGAUUUAAUACCACAAAUUCAAGUACAGCCGCAACAAACAGUUACCAGUUCUGGACAAAAAUGAAAAAUGCAAUUGUUCUUUUCGUCAUUUCCUUCAAGU